UCAGUCCUAAUCAAACCGCCGCCAUGAAGUGGUUUUACGUUGGUAGCUUUUUCCAAGCAUUGCACCCAAUCUAUCUGGUCAGCAGAGCAUUCUCACUCUCCUCUGUAACUAUCAACUUCCAGGAUGAAACGGCCGAACAGACAACGGCCGAUCAGCUGGUACUAAUUCGUGGAUUAUGUAUGUGUUGCUUAGCGCUUUACUUUUCGUAUGGUGCCUUUCGGGCGCAGCUGGAGAGAUUUAGCGAUUCCCACAUUUUCAAUGCCGGUAUGUUCGGGUCGAUGUCUGCUUUCGUUGGCUCGCUAAUGGCCGCCAUCAUCUCGAAUUACGCAAAUGGCCUUGAGGUCUUCCGGGGUGCAUCGAUUCUGAACAAAGUUGAUCAACAGGAUAAAUCUGCCGAACAGACUCCGACUGAUCAGCUAGUGUUGAUCCUAGGAAUAUUUCUGUGCUGCUCGACACUGUGCUUUUCGCACAGGAUCUUUCGGGUGCAGUUGCAGCAGAUGAGCGAUUCCACCAUUUUAACCUUCGGCCUGUACGGAUCGAUGAUUGUUUCCGUUUGUUCUCUGCUGACCACAAUUAUCUCGAACUAUGUAAAUGGCCUCGAGGUAUUCCGGGGUGCGACGGUUCUGAACAAGGUUGACCAACAGACAACUCCCGAAAGGGAUCCACAGAAGCUCACCGAUACGGAAAGUUGCUGCAAAAUGGUCCGGAAGUUUGCCAUGAUACACGCUCAGUUGUGUGACACGAUCGAAGUGUUCAACCGGUGCUUCUCCACCCAGGCCAUGUUCGCUCUGGCAUCCGCUUUUGGAUUUACGGUUUUCUCGGUAUUCGGCGUGAUCCACUCGCACGUUAUAAGUGCGAAUGAGGCAACACUGCGCAUGGCAUGGUCCAACAUGACCUACGAUGGGUUCUACAUAGCGUUUAUCGUCCAGCUGAUAGUAUUUUCCAGUUUGGUGUUUGUGGAGUGCAAAAGAACAUCGGUUAUGAUCCACAAGGUGAUCUGCUACGGUACGUACGACAGGAAUGUACGCAAAGAGUUGAGGAUCUUUUCCCAACAGCUAUGGCACCAUGCUCCAAAGGUUUCCUGCAAUCUGUUCGAUUUUGAUUGGACAUUGUUCUAUACGAUGGCAGCAUCACUAACAACCUAUCUUGUUAUAUUGAUGCAGUUUGAUCUGGCCAACAUCGACUACGCCAACUCUGCGGAUAAGAAAAAUUUAGCGCCUCGAUGA